CCUCGAAGGAAAGAAGAAAAGAAGCACAAGUCAUUUAUUGAUGGCAAUUUCCACCGGAAGUAGCCGAUUGAGGUUACGUGUUCAACGUUCAACAUCAACCGAUAUCCUUGCUAAGUGUCGGUAGCGCUUAUCAUCGUCUGGUCCUCAACGCCAAAAUGCCAGUAUCAGAUCUUCCACCAGAGAUUCUGGACGUUGUUAUCGACGAGCUGCAGGAAGACAAGAAAUCCCUGCUGCAUGCAUCCUUGGCAUGCAAGACUCUCUGUCCCAGGACCCGCGUCCAUCUGUUCUCUGCCGUCACAGUAUCAAGCCGCUACUGCUGUGAUCGCCUCCGCGAGCUGAUCACCGUGUCUCCAAAGCUCGCCUUGCAUUUUAAAACUCUUGAAAUCAUGAUCAUGUACUCUUCAGACACUUAUGCUCCUGAGGUUUACGGAGCGCUGACAGUCAUCGAAUCCCUCAUCAAUGUCACCCGCUUGUCUCUUAGCUCCGGACACUGGCAACAUAUGCCGGAUACUGUUGUAUCGAGUCUGCAGUCCCAUUCCUACCGCACCCUCGACAUAUUCUCGUCCUUCCGCUUCAGAUCCAUAGGCGAGAUCUGUUCGCUUGUGCAAAAUUCGCCUAAUUUGCAACAAGUCCGCAUCAUGUCUGACAAUCCCAGUAUGAGAGAGGAGUGCAAUUUGAACCACUCCCUUCAUUGCACUCCUGCUCUAGUCCUGUUGCACAUUGAUGACUGUUAUGUUAAUUCGGAUUCUGCUGGGAACCUUCUGAAGUUGGUUAUAUCGCCCGGACCAUGCCCAUUUUUCUGCAGUAAUAUUCAUAUCCUCAGUAUAGCUCUUCCUGAUAAGACUCGCACUAUCGUUCCGCAAUUAAAUCAAUAUUUAGCUGUCUCGCGCAGUUCUCUCAAACAUCUUGUCGUGAGUCAUCUGUCAGGUUUCCGGGACGUAUCUUCAGAAACUCUUAAUAUCACCGGUGUCGAGCACAUUACGGUCAGAAUCUUGGACUUCGAGUCGACCCCUCGUGAUCAGGCCUCCCGGAUAUUCACAUGGUGGAUUUCCAACCUUUCAGCGGUGGAUGAACACUGCACCAUUCGUUCAGUUUCCUUCGCAAUCAUGUCAGUACAUCAGCCGGAAGGGCAUCCUGCUUUGGAUUGGGAAGACCUAUGGAUGAGACUGGAUGAGUGUUUGGCUUCUUACAAGAUGGCUUUGUUGAAGCGCGUCGCCGUUACUUUCGAACCGCGACCAUCGGAAUGGGAUACGCUCAAGGAUCGAAUGGAGGGCAAUUUUCCGAGGCUGAAACGACUCGGUCGUGAAGUAGUCUUCGAUGCUACGACAUGAGUCCUGAAGUUAUGUGUAGUAAAGUCGACGGAUUAUUAGUGUAAUUCUUGUUUCCUUUGACUCUCGGUCUGCUCUGACGCAAUUUGUAGUUUUCUACGUCUCUGAUACUACUAAACACCGUCUCCAAUCAACAUGGAGCCCAGACCGUCUAUUUGGGCAAUGCGAGACUAGAAUUUCUUGGUCAGAUUCCAUGGACUCUAAUACUUUACAGUGCACGUGUACCCUCCCCUAGGCAGUCCAGAAAAUGAGAUAGCAGAGAUUGUAAUGCUGCAAUCGAGGUCCGGAUUAUUUAUCCUCGCCUUACUCUAUGCCCUACGAUGAUUAAGAAUCGCAUGGAG